AUGUUGUGUCUUCAAGGUUGUGGAGAGUAUGCUUGCUUUGUUUCAGCUCAUUCUUCACUGGUUUAUCAGAUGCUGUGGUGGAUGCGUUUGCUUUGCUCGAUGAUGGGGCUGUUUUGGGUUUUGAUCCCUUCUUUGUUAGCGGCUUAUCAGCUCUUCUCUGUUGAUCUUGUGAGUAGGCAAGAAGAAGAUGGAAUGGCUGAUAUGAUCCUUGUUAACAGCAACUUCACAGCAUCAACAUUUGCAAACACAUUCAAGCGUCUUCAUGCACGAGGAAGUCACCCUGCUGUUCUUUACCCUGCAGUUAAUACCGACCAGUUCAAUAAACCUCAAGCUUAUAAGUAG